AUGAGCUCGGUCGUGGCGGCAACGACGGCGGCGGCGGCGGCGGCAACGACACGAUGCCGGUUCAUCGACAUUGGUGCCAAUCUGACAGACUCCAUGUUUCGCGGGAUUUAUCGAGGCAAGAGCAAACAUGCAGAUGAUUUUGAUCAGGUUCUGCAACGCGCCUCUGCGGCUGGCGUGGAGCGCAUGGUGGUCACAGGGACUAGCCUGUCAGAUGCACAGGAGGCCCUGGCACUCGUCAGAAACCAUGUUUGGGCUUUCACCGAGGCUGUCAGAGCGGCCAUGAGCGAUCAAGACAACGAGUUUGAUGCGCAUGCUGAUGGUCCUCAAGACUACUUAGCUCAGCUCAGGUCUCUCAUCGAGGCCAAUCGCGACAAGGUCGUAGCGGUGGGCGAAACAGGACUCGAUUACGACCGGCUUGAAUUUUGCCCCAAGGAGACUCAAAAGCGCUACUUUCAGCAACAGAUUGAUCUGGCUUUGGACCUGGAUCUGCCCAUAUUUUUGCACCUGCGCAAUGCGCACGACGACUUUCUUGAGAUCAUGAACGGCCUUGACCGGCGGCCCACCGGCGUUGUCCAUUCAUAUGAUGGCCCACUUGAUGUGGCACGCCAGCUCCUGGACCUUGGUUUCUACAUUGGUAUCAACGGCUGUUCUCUCAAAACCCAGGAGAACCUUGAUGUGGUCGCACAGCUGCCACUGGAUCGCUUGAUGCUGGAGACGGAUUGCCCUUGGUGUGAUGUGCGACCCACCCACGCCUCGGCCAAGCAUGUGCAAUCCUGGCCUGACGUCGCCAAGAAGCCAGAGAAGUUUGAGUCGGGUCGAGGUGUUAAGGGCCGCAAUGAGCCCGCCAUGAUGCAACAGGUGGCCGAGGUGGUGGCGGGCGUGCAUGGGGUGGCAGUGACGGAAGUUGCAGCCCAUGCAUGGGAUAAUUCCACCAGACUCUUUUUUUCGUUUGAUCAUGAUGGCAAUUGA